CGGGGCGGGGGCGCGCGGGGAGAAGCGAUGCACCCAAGGCACGAGGAUCUGCAGCCAUGCAAGGCUCCAGUAUUUCGCCUCACUGGUUUUCUCUCCUGAACAAAGUGGAAGUGCAAAAUCGCCCUCCCACCCCACCUCGUCACCAUGAAGAGGUGCACAUCGGAUGAGCUGCAGCAGCCGGAGGAGGACUGUGCUGGGGCUGAAGAUGCCCCCAACCUGGCUGCCAUGGAUGCGAAACCUGGGGAUUGCGCUUCUGCUCUGUCAGAUUCGGGCACUGCUGCUAAUCCAAACCCUGCUCCCCAUCCUGUUCCCCGGAGCAAGCCUCCUGAUUUGAAGAAAAUACAGCAGCUCUCAGAAGGCUCCAUGUUUGGCCAUGGCCUGAAGCACCUUUUCCACAGUCGCCGCAGGUCGCGGGAACGGGAGCACCAGAACUCCCAGGACUCUCUGUCGCAGCACUACGGGAUGUCUGACCACGACUCCCCCGAUGAGAAGGAACGCUCGCCAGAGAUGCACCGUGUCUCCUACGCCAUGUCCCUCCACGACCUCCCCGUACGCCCCACUGCCUUCAACAGGGUGCUGCAGCAGAUCCGCUCCCGCCCAUCUAUCAAGAGAGGGAGCAGCUUGCACAGCGGCAGCCGCCGGAGCAAAAGCAGCUCCCUUGAUCCCCAGAAAGGCAGCCCCCAUCUGGUCCGGAAGGCUCCCCAGGAUAGUAGCCUCACAGCCAUACUGCAUCAGCACCAGGGCCGGCCAAGGUCUUCAUCUGCCACAGACACCGCCAUCUUGCUAGCUGAAAGUGGGGCUGUGUACCUCCUCUCAGAGGAGUCGGAGUGCCUCGCCGACAAGCUGGACAAAGGGGACGUGAGCACACUUAGUCUGCCUUCCAACGCCAGCUAUGGCGACGCCGACAUCAGCAACAUCUGCUUGGAUGUCCCAGAUGGCACCCCAGACCCGCACAGGACGAAAGCUGCCAUCGACCACCUGCACCAGAAAAUCCUCAAGAUCACCGAGCAGAUCAAGAUUGAGCAGGAGGCUCGGGACGACAACGUAGCCGAGUACCUGAAACUGGCCAACAACGCUGACAAGCAGCAGGCCUCCCGCAUCAAGCAAGUCUUUGAGAAGAAGAACCAGAAGUCGGCCCAGACCAUCGCCCAGCUCCAUAAGAAGCUUGAGCACUACCACAAGAAGCUAAAGGAGAUUGAACAGAACGGGCUCUCCCGACAGCCCAAGGAUGUCUUCCGGGACAUGCACCAGGGCCUCAAGGAUGUGGGGGCCAACGUCCGGUCCAGCAUCAGCGGCUUUGGAGGCGGGGUAGUGGAAGGCGUCAAGGGAAGCCUGUCGGGUUUGUCCCAGGCCACCCACACGGCUGUGGUCUCCAAGCCCCGGGAGUUCGCCAGCCUGAUCCGGAACAAAUUUGGCAGCGCCGACAACAUCGCCCACCUCAAGGACACUCUGGAUGACGGGCACCCCGAGGAGGCCUCGAGGACUCUGAGCGGCAGCGCCACCCUGGUGUCCAGCCCCAAGUACGGCAGCGACGACGAGUGCUCCAGUGCCACCUCGGGAUCGGCAGCGGGCAGCAACUCAGGGGCAGGGCCCGGCGGCUUGGGGAGCCCCAAGUCCAAUACCCUGGACAGUCACCAUAAUAACUUUGACACCAUCCUGGAGGAGCUCCGGGAGAUUAAGGACAGUCAGUCGCACCUGGAGGACUCGAUGGAGGAUCUCAAGGCGCAGCUGCAGAGGGACUAUACCUACAUGACGCAGUGCUUGCAAGAGGAGCGGUACAGAUACGAACGCCUGGAAGAGCAGCUGAAUGACCUGACUGAGCUCCACCAGAAUGAAAUGACCAACCUGAAGCAAGAGCUAGCCAGCAUGGAGGAGAAGGUGGCCUAUCAGUCCUACGAGAGGGCCAGGGACAUCCAGGAAGCGGUGGAGUCGUGCCUCACCCGUGUCACCAAGCUGGAGCUCCAGCAGCAGCAGCAGCAGGUGGUGCAGCUGGAAGGGGUGGAGAACGCCAAUGCCCGGGCCCUGCUGGGCAAAUUCAUCAACGUCAUUCUGGCCCUCAUGGCGGUGCUGCUCGUCUUCGUCUCCACCAUCGCCAACUUCAUCACUCCCCUCAUGAAGACCCGCAUGCGCAUCCUCAGCACCGCCCUGUUGUUCCUCUUCCUCCUCUUCCUCUGGAAGCACUGGGACUCCAUCACUUAUUUCCUGGAGCAUGUGUUGCUCCCCAGCUGAUUCCCUGGGGCAGCAUUCCAUUUUCCUA